AUGAGAUUAAUUAUAUAAAGAGUAUUAAGUGCAGGAGUAAAAGUAGACGGCGAAUUCAUAUCCUAAAUCGGUCCUGGAAUAUGCAUUUUAUUAGGAUUACACAAAGGUGAUUCAUUAAAACAUGUAGACAAAUGGGCUGAAAAAGUUUUAAAAUUAAAACUUUGGCCUUAAUAAGAUAAAAAUAAUAUAAAUCUAUAAAAAAAUGAGGAAAUUGAAUAAAAAUAAGAAUCAAGAUAAGCAGGAGGCUGGAAAAGUAGUGUUUUAGACAAUAAUUUUGAAGUUUUGAUAGUUUCUAAUUUUACUCUUUAUGGAGUUUUAAAAGGAAAUAAACCAGAUUUUCAUGAUUCUAUGAAGGCGGAUGAAGCUAAAAAUAUUUAUGAAUAUUUCAUUAAAAAAAUGUAAAAUAUAUAUAAACCAGAAAAAAUAAAAGGAGGAAAAUUUUCAACAUUAUAUGAAUGUCCAUAUUGA